AUGUCUUUACAGAGUGAUGAUGAUGAUAGUAAUUCUAGAAGCUCAUUGGGCCAGAGUCAAGAAAUGAAUAGUGACCAAAAUGGAGAUGAUAGUUCAAGGGUUAAUUCAAUUGAUCAAUCUAUGGAGCAAACCACCAAAGAUCCCAUUAUAAAUAUUAAUACGACUGAUAAGAUAACUAUAAGAUUCAAACCAAUUGGUUCUACAUCUCCUAUAAAUCCCCCCAUUUUCAAAAUUUCUCCAGAUCAAACCAUUUCUAUGAUACUUAAGUUUCUUUGCAAAAGAUUGAAAGUGAAAUUUAUUUAUAUCUAUAUAUUAAACUCCUUCCAACCCAAUCCAGAUGAGAUAUUAGGAGAAUUAUUCAAGACUUUCCAAGUGAAUAAUGAAUUGAUCAUCAAUUAUUGCAAUACCAUGGCUUUUGGUUAA